UAAGAGUGUACUUAUAUAUACCCAUGAAUGUAACAGCAUCGCUUCUUAUUCCAUCUGUUUUCCAGUGUUACCAGACUGUGCAGAGCUACAAAUGCUUGGGACAGAAAUGCGUCCAACCACUGCCAUACCCUUUGAAUCGGGGCUGGAUCGAGGAGUGCCAUGGGGUCGCGACCUUAUUACCUUCAUGACAUCAGCAGCUGGAUACAUGAUGAGGACUUUGCAAAAGCCUCGUAAAAACAAACCGUCCAAACGGCAGGUCAACCACCGCAGGUUUCUACACAACAUGAUCCAGAGGAAAUUUACAGAAAUUGAGGCAGCCAAUCAUCAGCUUGCGUCAGUUCUUUUUUCGGUGGACACAGAGCCGCAAAGGCAAUCUGAAGUAAAGUCAACUGACAAAGAUGAAUCAGAAAAAAAACUGAAAAAAGCCACUGCUGUCUUUAGUGAAGAUGAACCAAAACCCCUGGAUGAUGACAACGAUACACAAACUUUAGACAGUCUUGUGACUAACCCUAAUAAAAACUCAUUGACAAGCAAAUCUCUGAAUAACCUGAACAAUGGAAAAGUCAACCAGAUAAGGGAAGACCGGGAAGAGGUAGAACGUAGCGGCGGCAACCCACCAGAAGAAAUCACUGACUUCAACAGUGAAAGAGAACAAUUUCAGUGGGGAUCUGCUGAGUUGAGUGACUUAACACCAAUUACCAACAUCGUUGUAGAAGACAGUGUAUUUACCUCACACGAAAGUAUUGAAAGAAUAACAGAUUUUUCGCAUGUACAGAUCCCUAAUUCACCUGAUGGAGAACAACAACAUUUAGGCCUGACAUUGUUUGAUCUAUCACCCACUUCACCGGUAUCCCCGUUGUCUUUGAACUCAUGUGAUUUUGAGGUACAAAUACAAUCAGACAAUGACCACACCUUCCAAAUUCAGCAGAUUGCAGAGAGUCUACAGAUGGAUUUAAUGGAGAAUCUUGAACUGCUAGACUCAGAAGAAUAUUUACAAAACAUUGACCAAAUGGACAUGGCUGGAGUUUGGGACAUCCACAAUGAAGAGGACCUGAGCUGUUUUCAAGAUAGCCUUCCAUUCCUUAACACUUCACAUACAGACUUUGCCAUGGAUAAGCAAGCAAGCUGCGGUGAUGGAGAUAUUUGUGGGGGACUGCAUCAAAAUACCACACUGCUUGAAAAUUCUAUUAAGGACUCGAAUGUAGAUGACGACUUGAGAAGUAAUGUUUCAUACCGACUAGGGCACUAUGGAUCCAGUGGCCACCAUAAUCAAGCAAGACAAACUAAACCAACAGUGAACUGCUAUGUAAAUCAGACUAAAAUAAGUACAUCAGUAAACAAAGAGGGUCAGAACUCAAACAGAGGGACAUGGACUAUAUGUGAGCAGGGUAACAUUUCAAGAGAACUUAAACAUGACCCGCCAGACCAGCCCCAUCCUAAAAACUGGGAUCUCAAUUACAACAAUCAUUCACCAAGCAAGGUAAAAUGUCUUUAUUAUAUGCUGACUGAUGAAGAGAAGAAAAUUAUUGAGUCAGGACCUACUCUGAAUCCACACUUGGACCUUUCCAGUCCUGUUAACAUGCUCUCCUCCUCAACAGCACACUGUUAUAGCUUUGCAAUUCCACCACAAGCCAAUAGCAACUGCUUAGGAGACUUAUGUUCCUUUUCAAAUCAUGGAGGUAAUCAGAGUAUACCAAGCUUUGAUGGUGUGGCUCAGUCUUUUCCUGCCCCUUAUCAAAAUCCACACCCUCAUCCAGUUUCAACGCCACCACUGAAUGAUGACUGGCUGUUCAGUAACAUAGCAACAGAGGUGGACUUUAACAGUAUGGUCAGAUCACAUGGACAUACCUACUGCUGACGUACCUAUGAGAAAUAAAAUGCAGCUAAUAUUUAGAAUUCUGGACAAGUAAAACAAAUAAAACACAUAACAAGGAAGAUAAAAAUAUCCUUUAUGAAAAGCACUGUAAAAAUUAUACAAACUCAAAAGUCUAGUCUAACUACUUGUCUCACAGGUGUACUAUUGUAAAUCUAUUUUUGCGACAAAAAAAAAAAGACAAAUUAAAGAAAAAGGCUGACAUGAAGUGUCUUGCACCACUGGUAGAACAGCUUCACUGCACUUUGGCACUGAUUCGAUGACGAUGAACAAUUCUCUGGAACUGGAUUUGAGGGAUGAACACUUUUCUUUAAAAAAAUAUAUUUCUUCAGUUGGUGUUUUGAUGAUAGUGGAGGAGAGCGCUGUUUAACAUGACGGACCAAAAUCUCCGUAGGUCUUCAACUGGGUUAAGGUUUGGUGAGUCCAUAGGAUAUGUCAUUUUCAUACUCAUCACAGCAUGCAGUCUUGUGGAUGGGGAUAUUGUCAUUCUGGAAGAGAGCACUUCCUUCAGGAUAGAAAUGUUAGAAAUAGAUAGAAAUGACCAGGAAAAAGUGGAUCCAUACAAAAAAAAAAUACAAAAAUGCUUAACAUGGCAUUAAUGGAGCCACUGUUUUUUCCUUUCAUUUUUCAUGUGUCUGGUUCUGCAUUCCUCUGAAGUAUUCAUGAACUAUAUGGUCAAAAAUUCGCACCAUCACACCCAUAUGUGCUUUCUGAACAUGCCAUACCAUAUUGAUUCCCACCUUUGCUGUUAUAACAACCUCCAUUCUUCUGUGAAUGCUUUCAGCUGGAUUUUGAAAAAAAAAAAAAGGCUAUGGUUUGGUCAUUCAGCCAUAAAAUCAAUAGUAAGGUCAGGCACUCUUGUGGGGAUAGAUGCCUUGGGAGCAAUCAGUGUGUGAUGGUCAAGUGUCCACAAACUUUUAGCCAAACACGUGCAUUUUUAUUUGGUAUCUUAAACAUUCCUGCUUCAUAAUUUGUGAGCUUAAGUGAGGUUAUGUUUUCAGUUCCUUUAAGCAGAAACAAAUAGACACGUGAGCACUCAUGAUUUUUUUUGGAAUGGAUUUUUUUUUUUUUUUUUUUAAAGGAUAAGAUAUAUGCAAGUAUUUCAUUAUUAAACUAUUUAUACUGUAUCUUUUAUGUUUUUGGUUAUUGUGCAUUACAUUUUUUAUGAAGAAUAAUAAGAAUGAUAAGUGGGUUUGAUGUUAUUUUAGUGAAAUAUUCUUGUCACUGUAUCAUGUUAAUACUCCAAUUUACUUGUGGAACGUUUUAAACUCCAAGAAUCUAAAUAAAUGACAAAGAUACCAAGUGUUUAAAGCUUCAAUCAGGAAACACAGUGAUUGGGAGGCUGUAGGUUCUCGCACCCAGACCCAUUCUUGUUCACAUAAUUCAAUGACUUUGAUAUCAUGGUUGGUGAUUCCAGCCAGUCUGCUCUAGGAUUUACACAUUUUUUUCCAUUCUCAUGUUUGAUGAACUUGAACUCAAGCACUUGACCUGCAUGUGAACUGGGCCACAU